GCUGGAAGUUGACUCAUCGCUGACAUGCUGGUCACAGUCGUUCAUCUGUCACUUCUUUUACACACAGGUCUCACUGUAGUGCUUCAGUCUGGAGAUCAAAUGUCUGACCCAGGAGGCACAGUGGUGUUGGAGUGCAGUGUGGCUCCAGGGUUCAGCAUGAGCAGCUUCACCAUGCUCUGGUACCGACAAAACCACUACAGAGCUCCAAUAGAGUUCCUCAUCAAGGAGCAUGAACAAACUGCGGGGCACUUCAAGGCGUCCAUCGAAGCAUCCAAAAACAAAUUCUCUCUUCAGAUUACUGAGCUCUCUGUCAAUGACAGCAGCACCUACUACUGUGCUGCCAGUGUGAACAACUACGACCCUGCUUACUUUGGCAGUGGAACCAGACUGACAGUGUUGGACCCAGACCAAAAACUCAAUCCACCACAGGUGAAAGUGUUAAAACCUUCGGUAAAGGAGUGUCGGAACAAAAAGAAGACCUUAGUUUGUGUGGCCAGUAAAUUCUACCCAGACCAUGUCAGUGUAUACUGGAAGAUCAAUGGAGAUAAUCACACUGAUGGUGUAGUGACAGAUAACAAUGCCCUGAAGAAAGAUGAUGGUAGUUACACAAUCACCAGCAGGCUGAGGGUCGCUGCUGAAGAUUGGUAUACACCUGACAAAUUAUUCACAUGCAUUGUCAGCUUCUACGAUGGGAAGGAAACUAAGGAUUAUUCAGAUACAAUUUAUGGUGAUGAAGCUCCAGCUGCAGGACGUGACAUAACAAGAGAGCGAUAUUUGAGGCUCACAAACGCUGCCAAGCUCUCCUACGGUGUUUUCAUCGCCAAGAGCUGCAUCUACGGAGCCUUUGUAGCGUUUCUGGUGUGGAAGCUUCAGGGUUCAACUGGAAAGCAGAGCAACUGAGAGCUGAGCCGAACAAAUGAAAUGUAGGAGAUCAAUAGUGUUUAUGUAAAUACAGAAAACAUUGAACUAUAUCCAUAACUUUGUAUGUUGCAACAUAUUUGCAUUCAUUAUUCAAUUAGAUGAUAAAACAGUUCUAUGUAUAUUCGUGUUAUAAUCUUAAAGCUACUUUGGCAUCACAUUUAUACCUUUAGUAACAAUUCUGUUUGUGGUUGUGAAUCGCUUAUUUGCUUAAUUUUCUCUCAAUAAAAACUUUUCAGAGAAUCAA